GAUCUGACAAAAUUUUUGAGCGCUUUACCUCCUUUUCCUCCAGCGGCUUACAGUGUGUAGUAGUAGUAGAAGAAGAAGACUCAGGGCUUCCUUCAGGAGGGUUUUAGAUCGUCGUCGCCGCCGCCGUCGUCCUUGAGCAAUUGAUUCGUUAUAGAACUUUCGAAAAGGGGCAGUACGAUCAUAGAGCUAGGGCAAAACCCUAGAGUAUCGCUUUACCUUGGUGGCGCUGUAUCGGAUUCUUCGACAUUUCACGGUCAAUCAUGGCGUCUCUUUCUCUUCUUCCGCCUCCAGAGAUUUCAACGAUGGCUACAAGUCUGGACUCACGAAAGAAAAGAAGGAUCUCUUUAGAUGGAGAUUACAAAGACAUCAUAGGUUCAUUGCCUUCGUUGAAUUCACCUGACUACUUCUUGAAGCCGUCCAUGAACGAGCUGGUUGAGCGAGAAAUCGAAAGCCCCGGUUAUUGCAGCCGUGUUCCUGAUUUCACUAUUGGGAGGGUUGGUUACGGUUAUAUCAAGUUUCUUGGAAGCACAGACGUUAGGAAGUUAGACCUGGAUCAGAUUGUUAAGUUUCAGAGGCACGAGGUGGUUGUUUAUGGUGAUGAGAGCACCAAGCCAGCUGUUGGCGAGGGGCUUAACAAGGCUGCUGAGGUCACUCUGUUCGUGAACAUAGCUUGUGGGAAAGAGCGGGUGGAUCAUGUUUCUUGUAGAUUAAAACAGAGUGCUGAAAGACAAGGGGCGACUUUCAUCUCGUUUGAUCCUGAGGAUGGUUUAUGGAAGUUUUUGGUUCCCCAUUUCAGCAGAUUUGGGUUGAGUGAUGAUGAGGCAGAAGAUAUGGCUACGGAUGGUACCCCAGGUGUGGAGAAUCGUGGAGGGUUGAAUGGUGACAUGGUGGUAGCUGACAUUGAUAAAAUGGAAACUUCUGAGCCAGAGCUUUCUCGCUCUCUUCCAGCCCAUCUGGGACUUGACCCAGGAAAGAUGAAAGAAAUGAGGAUGCUGAUGUUUCCUAAUGAAGACCUUGACGAAAGUGAGGAUUUUAGAGAUCAACAUUCCUAUCACGUGACAUCCUUGACUAAACGAAACGCAAGACCUUCACAGAAAAGUUCUCAAAGAAACAGUCAACAGGAUACUCCACCGGUUGUGCGGAAGACGCCGCUUGCUUUGCUCGAGUAUAACCCUGGUAAUGAUAAAGGCUCCCCCGGCAGUAUUCUGAUGGUCCAACACAAUAAGAACCUGGCAGUGAGGAAGUCGAAAGUGGGAGGUUUCGAGCUGGACAUCAGCCAUGAGACGCCAUUAACUGAUAACUAUUCCCGCAAUGUUGUAGAUGCAGCAUUGUUCAUGGGAAGGUCGUUCCGGGCAGGUUGGGGCCCAAAUGGCGUCCUUCUUCACACUGGUAAGCCAAUAGGCUGUUCUAGUUCCCACAGAGUAUUGUCUUCUGUGAUCAAUGUAGAAAAGAUAGCUGUUGACAAAGUGGUUCGGGAUAAAAAGGAAAAGGUUCAGAAAGAACUUAUUGACUCUGCAUUUGAGACUCCAUUAAGUCUCCACAAGGAAUUGUAUCAUGAAGAAGAAGAAGUCAGCUUUGGCUCUUUCAGUCUUAAACUUCAGAAAGUUGUCACUGAUCGUGUGGUUGUUUCAGAUAUCUGUCGAAACUACAUUGAUAUAAUCGAGAAACAGCUGGAGGUUCCUGGGUUGUCCACCUCAGCGAAGCUGUUUUCGACUCACCAAGUCAUGGUGUGGGAACUCAUAAAAGUUCUCUUUUCUGAGAGACAGAGUACUGAACGUUUGAGUUAUGCAGCUUCUGAUAAUGAGGAAGACAUGAUGCAGGAUGUCAAAGAGGAGUCUGCAGUAGUUGAUACAGAAGCUCUUCCACUUAUCCGAAGAGCAGAAUUCAGUAGCUGGCUCCAAGAGUGUGUCAGUCACCGUGUACAAGAAGAUGUGAACGAUUUAAAUGGUUCUGGCUACCUUGAGCACUUGUUCUUUCUUCUUACUGGACGAGAGCUUGAUUCAGCUGUGGAACUUGCCAUAUCUAAGGGAGAUGUUAGACUCGCUUGUUUGUUGAGCCAGGCUGGUGGAUCAACUGUAAACCGAAAUGAUAUCAUGCAACAGCUUCACCUUUGGGGAAGGAAUGGGCUCGAUUUUAAUUACAUUGAGAAGGAUAGAGUUAAACUUUAUGAAUUGCUUGCUGGUAAUAUCCACAAUGCGUUACAAGAUUUUACAAUCGACUGGAAGAGAUUCCUAGGGUUGUUAAUGUGGCAUCAUCUUCCUCCGGACAGUUCAUUGCCUGUCAUCUUCAGAAAUUAUCAACUCCUACUGAAUCAGGGAAAAGCUCCCUGGCCCGUCCCAAUAUAUAUUGACGAAGCAGAUGGCGUUGUAAGCAACACCAAGCAUUCUGACCUCUUGUAUUAUCUUAUGCUUCUGCACAGCAGAGAAGAGGAAGAAGUUGGUUUUCUGAAGACUAUGUUCAGUGCCUUCUCUUCAACUGACGAUCCACUUGACUAUCAUAUGAUCUGGCACCACCGGGGAAUCUUGGAAGCAGUUGGGGCUUUCACUUCAGAUGACCUUCACGCUAUCGAUAUGGGAUUUGUUGCACAGCUUCUCUCUCAGGGCCUUUGUCAUUGGGCUAUCUACGUCAUUCUUCACAUACCUUACCGCAAAGAUCAUCCACAUCUACACGUCCUUGUCAUUCGGGAAAUCCUGUUUCAGUUCUGUGAAACUUGGAGUUCUAUGGAAUCGCAGCGGCAAUUUAUCAAGGACCUGGGUAUCCCUUCUGAAUGGAUGCACGAAGCUCUGGCAGUUUAUUACAAUUACCAUGGGGACUUCGUAAAGGCUCUUGACCACUUCAUCGAAUGCGCAAACUGGCAAAGAGCUCAUUCCAUUUUUAUGACAUCAGUUGCUCACUCAUUGUUUUUGUCAGCUAACCAUUCAGAAAUAUGGAGAAUUGCUACUUCGAUGGACGAUCGCAAGUCUGAGAUUGAAAACUGGGACUUGGGUGCUGGGAUUUACAUGUCUUUCUAUUUACUAAAGAGUUCACUGGAAGAAGAUGCUGAUACAAUGCUGGAACUGGAUUCCCCUGAGAGCAGAAACGAGGCGUGCAGAAGUUUUGUCGGUCGUUUAAACGAGUCAUUGGCUGUUUGGGGUGAUAGAUUACCAGUUGAAGCCAGAGUCGCAUACUCGAAGAUGGCAGAGGAAAUCUGCGAGUUGCUUCUGUCAGGUCUGAGUGAGUAUCCUGAUCGAGAGUCUCAGCUGAGCUGUUUUAUGACAGCCUUCAAAGCUCCUUUACCAGAAGAUGUAAGAUCUUCACAUCUGCAAGAUGCUGUCUCUCUCUUCUCUCUAUAUCUCUCGGAGACAGGCCAAACACCAGCAUAGUGACCCAUUCAUUUCGUUGAGGAGGGUCUUGUUUUUUUUACUUGUGGUGAGUGGAACAUAUUCAGUUUGCUUUGUCGUGUGUACGUUAUAUUUAGAAGCGUGAAUGAUUUUGAUUUGUUCUUGUUUAAAAACUUGCCAAAAAUCUUAUAAAUAUUAUGUGUUCAGGUCAAAAACAAAAAUAUGUUGAAAGGAAAGCAAA